AUGAUGCUUUGGAGACGAGCAGCCGGCCUGUGCGGCCUUGCUUUUCUCCCUGUGACGUGGGCAAUUACAUUCCCGGGUACUGAACCGACUGCCACAGGCCAUGCAGCCUUACAACCGGAUUACCCUGAGCCGACUGCCGGAGUGAAUCACAAGAGGGGUUCAAGUUUCCUGCGCCGUGAUGAUAAUGAUGAGGAUGCAUUUGUGAGCUCGUUCAUUGCAGCGGAAUCGAGCUUGCUUUACUUUCCAUCUGCUUCAACAACAGUUACCUCGUGGAUGCCACAAAGUGUGUGUGGGUAUAUUGAUGGUGUUUGGGAUGACUAUUCAUCGAUUCGAUGCCAGGACAACUACCAAUGCGUCUUCCAUACCUCCGAUAGCCAUUACCCCGGAAUGGUAGGCUGUUGUGAUGGCGGCAAACCAGAAGAUUGCGCCUGGGAGACACUAGACAUAACCGACUACGGCUGCGACUACACCAAGACAACUCAAACCCUAGCAUUGAUUGCUGUAGUGGAUACUUGGGAUACAAACUCAGCUAGUGGGAGUAUUCACUCGGCCACUCAGGCUGGCACCGCCACGACCACCGAUCUAGAAGCCAUCUAUCCCACAGUCGCAGCCAUAAGGCCUCAGGUCGUUGAUGCCAGUUGGAUCGACAUAUAUGUUUCAGGCACGGCUGCCACCUCCGAGAAGGUAGACAAGGCGACUUCAGUCCAAAUUUCCGGGUCAUCUUCUGCCUCGGAAACUGCAACAUCUGAAUCAGACCUAUCGUCUUCAAAUUCAGGGUCAAAGUCUGGAGGUUCCUCCAAGUCGACCAAUACUGGUGCCAUUAUUGGUGGUGUGGUUGGCGGCGUCGUUGGUGCUGCUGGUAUUGCAGCGGCGGGUUUUAUGUUCUUCCUGCUCAAGAAGAAAAGAAAGCAAGCAGAGGCAGGAGCUUACCAGCCUGGAGAAGGUAACGGUGGCACGAUGCCGCCUCCCCCGCCGCCGCUUGAUGAUGUGGCUAUGGCUAUGCCGCAGCCGAUGCAUGAAGUCGAGGGAAAUACACCGCAGAAGUACGCAGAGGUGGACGGUUAUGCGGCAGAGCACAAGUUUCCUUCGGAGGUUGUGGGUAGUGACAUCACGGGGAAAACCUACGAGAUUGAUUCCAGGAACUAUGUUGCAGAAUUGCCUGGUACGGAUGGUGGGCUGCAUAAUCGUUAA